UCACGAUCUACAGAGAUAGUGUUUUUGACUGUUCUACCGGACAUCAUGUCAUUUACUUCAUCCGAGAGUCAAAAUGUCCCUGACGACCCUCACAGGCCCAGAAGCGACACAUUCUCCGCUGAGUUGGAACUUCGCAACAGCUUUGAAUCGGACUCCGAGGAGGCAUGCUUUGACAUCAUGCAUUGCAUAAAAAUGAGCUGCAGCCGCAUGUUCAUGCAGGACAGAGGAUGUAAUGACGGUUUGGGAUUGCUGAGCGUUGGCGGCAUCUCCUCUUGUGAAAGCCAAAUCGUCCGCAGUCCUCCGAUGUCCAGCGCAUCCCUCCAUACAUCCUGCAAUUCUCUAGAAGCAGCAGGGCCUUCAGAAAGCAUGGAUUUCUGUAGUGACCACGAAGUGUCUUCUAUCGAGUCUACAUCUCUAGGAGUGUCACCUGCAGACUCUGUGGACAGCAGUACAGAAAACCAUGUCAGUCUAAGGAAGAAAGUGAAGAACAGGAUCUGCUCACUCUUCAAGAGGACAUGGAAUGCUAUAAAGCGUCCUUCGUUCAGUUGUGAAACACUGACAGAGCCGUUCACGCCUCCGUCUAAUGACACAGAUCUAGACGGUGCAGAUUCAUCACGUCUUGCGGAUCCUAGGCUGGCUGAAUGGAGCUUUGACAGUGCCAACAACCCCUUUGAAGGAGGACGUGACAAUAGCCUGGAACUGUUAAGCAUUAGCAGUGACAUAUCCUCCACUGAGGAACGAAGUUGGUCUCGGCAGAGUGGCCCUGCUAGAGAAGAGUGCGCAUGUUCUGAUCGUGAGAACACGUACGCAAACAGAGUCUUCCCUGAGCCUGAAGGAGCCGAGUGGCCGAAGUGGCGCCUUCUGUGGAGAACAGCACAGGUAGUUUAUGUGGUUUUGAGUAUUGUAAAUCACAGUACUUUGCUGGAUAUCUGA